CAUAACCAACAAAUAUAUUCUAACCUAAAAUGAUCCUAAACAACUGUGCAAAACAAGUGGAGGUGUAAGCAAUUCGAAUUUAUUACAAUGUCUGGAGUAGAAGUAAUUUCUAGUAACUUGAGAUUAAAUCCUAAAUGCCCUCAUGGUCCGACAUUAUUGUUUUCACGCGUCGUCAAAGGAGAAAAUCGGAAUUUCUUUGCGUGUUCAGCAUGUAGGGAUAGAAAAGACUGUUCUUUUUUCCUGUGGGCAGAUGAAAAGAUGAAUAAAUCCAAAGAGGAUUAUUGGAAUCAGGAAAUUCAAAAGUAUACUAAAGGCAUUAAUCAUCAAAGAUCAUUUAAAAUUUUAAACACUAUUAAAAAUCUUCCCAGUUCUGAAAGGGUUUAUUGCCAUACUUGUUCUAAACUUCUGCUUCCUAAAUCUAUAAAUUUGCAUACAGAACAUAACUUUGAAAAAGGCAUUACUGACGACAAGUUUUUAAAUCCAUCAAAGUUUCUAAAUCCAUUAGAAUCAAACAAAAAAGAGGCACAAUUUUUGUUUACCGAAAACACAACAUCAACACUAGUUAAUAUACUACAUAAAAAUAAUUUAAGAAAUGUUUUAUGUAUUGGGGCACCAAGAAUAAGUGAAUUUAUUUCUAAUAAUUUCGAGGAUAUGUCUGUAUUAUUACUGGACAUAGAUAAGAGGUAUUUAGAUUUUGUUGGUCCACUUCAGUUUGGUUGGUAUAAUUUAUUUAAUCACAACUUCUUCCUACCUGAAUCAAAACAAAUAUUUGAUGACUUUCUUCAAACAGAUAAGGGUAAAGACUUAGUCAUCUUCAUGGACCCUCCCUUUGGCGGAAGGGUUGAACCCAUUGUACACACUUUAAACACCAUCAAUGAAAGGUACAAGAUGUUAACUAAGAGUAUGAAAGAUAUUCCUGUAAUUUGGAUAUUUCCUUAUUUUAUGGAACCUCAUAUAACAAAUAGUUUGCCAAACUUUAAAAUGUUGGAUUAUAAAGUAGAUUAUGACAAUCACAGUUUAUUUCAACAUGGAAACAAGGGGCGAAAAUAUGGGUCACCAGUACGAAUAUUUACCAAUAUUGACCCUAGUUGUAUUGAGUUACCAAAAGACGAAGGGUACAAAUACUGUAAAGUUUGUAAAAGAUGGAUUUCAUCUGAAAAUAAUCAUUGUAAUAAGUGUAAUUCUUGCACAUCAAAAGAUGGGAGGACAUACAAACAUUGCGAUUCUUGCGAUAGAUGCGUUAAACCAAGUUGGAAACAUUGUGAAAAAUGUAAUAGAUGCGCACAGCCCGAUCAUAAAUGCGGAGAUAUUGAAUUUUCACAGGAAUGUUUUCACUGCAAAGAAAAGGGUCACAAGAAAAGGGACUGCCCUAAGGUUAAUCACGAGGAAUUACAAGCGAAAUGUAAAAAGGGCAUUAAUAGUAUUGGAAAGAAAAAGAAAAAAAUGAAAACUAAAUAACUUUUUAUACUGCUGAAUAACAAACGAGACAAAUUAAUAAAUAUAUAUUUAAUUUGUAAACUAUUCCUCAUUUACCAUUUCUUGGGCCCAUAUCCAAAAGGGAAAACAAAAACGUAUAGCUAGACUUUUGUCUGUAUGUCUCUUUCUUAUAACUUGUAAUGCUGUGUGUACUACCCCAUUAUGUAAACAGCUAGAUCACUGUGUACCGUGAACAAACUAAACCUUUAUAUAUAGAAACAAAUGUGCAUG